UCUACUGCGCUGACUCUGUUGAUGGUGACAACAAAGCUGUUUUGACAUGAUGCUCACUGUACCUGGCGCCGGAAUUAUCAUAUUAUUUGCUUGGCUCUCUCCAAGUUACGCUCUCUAUUUUCACAUUGGGGAGACGGAGAAAAAAUGCUUUAUAGAGGAAAUUCCAGAUGAAACUAUGGUUAUUGGGAAAUACAGGACCCAGCUGUGGGACAAGCAGACCGGAUCGUUCCUCCCAGCCACCCCUGGCCUUGGAAUGCAUGUGGAGAUCAAGGAUCCAGAUACUAAGAUCAUCCUGUCUCGUCAGUAUGGGUCAGAUGGACGGUUCACCUUCACAUCCCAUACACCAGGCGAGCACCAGAUCUGCCUGCUCUCCAACUCCACCAAGAUGGCCCUGUUUGCUGGUGGCAAACUGAGAGUCCACCUGGAUAUUCAGGUUGGUGAGCAUACCAACAACUACCCUGAAAUCGCAGCAAAAGACAAGCUCACAGAGCUGCAAUUAAGAGCUCGACAAUUACUGGACCAAGUAGAACAAAUCCAGAAAGAACAAAACUAUCAGCGGUAUCGUGAGGAGCGGUUCCGCAUGACAAGUGAGAGCACCAACCAGCGCGUGCUUUGGUGGUCGAUAGCUCAGACGCUUAUCCUCAUUGUCACUGGCAUCUGGCAGAUGAAGCACCUCAAGAGCUUCUUUGAGGCCAAGAAGUUGGUGUAAUGCUCACAGGCCAUCACUGAUUGAGUUCAAGACAGGCAUCACACCCAUACAGAGCUGACUGGCAGAGAGACAUGGUGUCGAUGUGAUUUAGUAGAGAUGCUUAAAAAGGGCAAUUCCGCCACUUUCAACCUCAGUGUACGCAUGUGAAACCAGCUCAUUUAAGGUACUAAAAAAAGUGAUUUUCAAAACCUGCAAUGAGUUUCUUGCUCCCCAUGUCACCACCACAAAUCUGUUUUAAAUCAGUUUUUAAAAUGUUUUAACUUUUGAUGUCAUCGGGUAGAACUUUACUUAUUUUUUUUAUAUAAAAAUAAAUGUGCCAUUUCACAUAUGUUAACACUGGUAUUAUGCUGGAGAUAACGAAUGAGGUUGAGAAGUGGUGGAGUUGCAGCUGAGGGAUAGGGCUGGAGAAAUUUAACCACACAAAUUGUUAGUCACAGCUAUAAAUUCAAGGACUGACCAACUAUGAGAUCAAAAUUGUGUGUUUACAUUUACUUUGUUUAUAAACAUUGGAGUAAAACAAGCUUAUAUUUUAGGUUCUGAUGGGGUACAACAGGUGAACGAAGCUCAUGAGGCAUUUAAGUUAUUCUUCCAGAAUCAAUGGGAACAUAUUCAUUUCUAAGUUUAAAAAUGUAUGUAACAACUGCAGAUUGCACCUUUUAAACCCGGGAAGCAAAUGAAUUGAGGAGAUGCAGUGUGUUUUGUAUUGUCCAUUAUUAUUCAGUGAUUUUAAUUAUUGUGAUAAGUAAGCAGCACCUGUGUCCAUUUUGUUGUAUUAGGUCUACUGCUGUGUAGUUGUUGUAUACACUUUGUUGGACUGUACAUAUAAGCAGUGGCAAAAGUCAAAUUUCAUUUUGUGUCACUUUGGACUAAGCAGUCAGAUCCACAUUACUAGUAUUUUGUAGAUCUUGGUCUUUCUGAAAACUGUAUACGUUUGGUUUGAACACUUGUAUUUGGACUAUAUUGUGAUUUAGUCUACUAACAUGAUUGUAACAUAGCUAAUAAUAGGGAUAUCUUAAUGACUGACCUGUUCACGCCCAAACACCAGUUCACAAGUAGAAUGGCAUCCACAUCCUUACCUUCUGUUGAAGAGCAGUAUCAUUCCAGAAAACAUGGCAUUAUUUAUAUUUCUAGAGGUCCAAACAGCCCCGGUUUUUUAAAGACCAACUAAUCAUUAAAUCAGGUGCAGAUUAAAUUUGAAUGCCCAUGAUAAAAUACCCUUGAGUUAUUCAAAACUGAACAUGGGUUUAGGUUACAAUCUAGAUAUCAGUAAGAUGCAAAUACAAUAUUGUAGUGUUAUGACAAGGAAUAAAGUCACGAGGUUUUCACUUUUGGUUGGCUGUCAUUUCAAUGUACUCAAUAAAAAUGGAAAAAGUA